AGGCAAAAACACGUCUAAGCCAAGAGUGAACUGCGGUACAUGAGCAGAACAUUCAACCUUAAUCUUAUUUCACAGCAGCCGUUUUUGAUUUCUGGAAAUUUCCCACUCCGUGUUCAGUAACUGAAGCUGAAAGACGCGCUGUACUGCACUGCACUGAUUUUGGGGUUGGUGGCGACUCUGCUGGACUGAAGUCCGGCUGAGAGGGAAACUGACUCGUCUCUGCCAACGCAGGUCCGAACAUUCAGAAUAAUCAGUCAGUGCGAAUCUACUCGGCAUCUUCUCGCUCAGAUGGAGCUUUAAUGAAAGCAGUACGUCUCUCAUCUGACAUGCUGCGUGAUAUCGGAGAGAACUGAAAGCAGGACACUGCGCUGAGAGGAACUCAGUCGACUCUUCUGUUCAGGAGCCGCUUCCACAGCAGCAAAAGGACCUUUGAUAUUAAACACUAAAAAGGACACUGCGGAGUUUUUGAGAUCAGCUGAACUAAACGCAGCGACUGAGCGGCUCAUCCUCAUCACUGCGUUCUUCAACAGAAUUCUUCUCCAAGGAGCAGAAACCCUGAAGGAGGACUUGGCCCAAGACAUGCGUAGAAAAUAGGAUGAACUGCAUCAGCAGAUCUACCAGGACUGAAAUCUACAUGUUUUUGUUAUAGUAGAUCUACCAGCUGUAGAACUGCCAUCAGCAUGAAGCAAACCUGCUCGAUGUUUUUAGCAGAUGACCUGAAAGCAGAGGGACAGAUGAAGUGUGGGGGAGAAACGUUUUCUUCUUUCUUUAUUAGAAGACACUGAACUAGCACUCUGGAGAUGACCUGUAGCUUCAAGAUAUUUAUUCUAUUCGCCGCUGUUUUCACCCUGAAUUUUGAACUCUGCUUUGGCCCAUGUGCCCGUGCCGAGUAUGAGAUAAAUGGAGAAUGCUGUCCCAUGUGCGCAGCUGGAAACUAUGUUUAUAGGCAUUGCACUGUGGAUACAAGCACUAAUUGUGUUCCAUGUCCUGAAUCAACUUACACUGAUGAACCCAAUUGUUUUAUAAACUGCUUUAGCUGUACAGUGUGUGAUUCUGGUCAGAGUUUAAGAGUAAAGACCUCCUGCUCUAGAUCAUUGGAUACUGCCUGUGAACCACUAGAUGGAUCUUACUGCACUGCUCAACAGGGAGGCAGCUGUAGACGAGCUGAGAAACACAAAAACUGCAGUCCUGGACAAUAUAUAAAGCACAGAGGAACAUCAUUUAAAGAUACUGAAUGUGCUGAAUGUCCAGAUGGUACCUUCUCAAAUGGCUCUCUUCAGAUUUGUCAACCACAUUCAAAAUGUGAAGAUCUGGGACUUACAGAAAUAAAAGUAGGAACACUUUCUUCUGAUGCUGAAUGUGGAAAUCAAACUCCAACUGCUCUGAUAGCUGGAAUCACAGUUUUUAUUCUCACUGUGGUUGUAGUAGUAGCAGUUCUCAUGCUUCUCAAAAUUAAGCAUAGCACUCACCAACAUGCAGCUGGACAUGAUGAAACAGUUAGAAGUCAAGACAUUGAAUUAGACCAACUAUUCUUCUCCAAGGAGCAGAAACCCUGAAGGAGGACUUCGCCCAACACAUGCAUUGUAUCUACUCUGGGUGUAUCCCGACUUCCGCCCGAUGACCGCUGGGAUAGGCUCCAGCACCCCCCUUCCCCGCGACCCUGAUGGAGAAGCGGCUUAGAAAAUGGAUGGAUGGAUGGAUGGAUGGAUGGAUGGAUGGAUGGAUGGAUGGAUGGAUGGGUUCCACAUUGGCAAAGGAGUGAGACAAGGCUGUAUACAAUCACCAUACCUGUUCAACCUGUAUGCAAGUCAUGUAAUGAGAGAAGCAGUACUGGAGGAAGUAACAUCAAUAACCUUCAAUAUGCGGAUGAUACAACACUCAUAGUAGAAAAUCUGCAAGACAGAAUGAAAAGAUGGAGCUUCAACUCAGUAUGAUGUAGUGGACACCCACAAUCUGGGUGACCCAGAAUCAGUCUGCUUAGGAGGACUCCAUAUUCCUGAACUUUGAGCCAUUGGGUCAUCAAAACAGGAUUAGGGUGCCAACAAGUUACGCUAAGUUAAGUUUACGACUUAAAAGGAUGUUAUCUUGGGACUAUGGACACAGUGGGAGGCCUGCAACCCCCUUUGCUUCACAUGCCAUAUCAUACCAAGCCAUAAAUUCUAGCUGAGGCCAAUUUAUUUUAUAAGAGAACGUUUAAUAUAACCCGUUAUCUAACUCAGUCAUAUGUAGUUACUCCUGUCCAUACCUAGAUUAAUUCUCUGCAGAGACUCUUUCAAGUUUAAGUUUCCACACUGCCUCAUAUCCGUUAACUGUGACCCACUUUAAGCAAGCUAUGUUGUCCUUUUAACUUUUAUCCCUUUUGUUGCUUUGUUUUAUUUUCUUUUGUCCAUCAUUGAAUGUAGUCCAAUGUAGUUUAAUAUUUAGUCAAUAAAUUCCAAUAAUGAAGAAGACUAAGGUUAUGAUGACAGUAAACACUGCUGACUUUUCCUCUGAUGGAAAGGAUGUGGAAAUGGUGCACAGCUUUUGUCUACUCGGCUCAGUUAUUAACAUCAGAGGAUUUAACCCCCAAGAAACACUGCACAGAUUGGUGCUCUGCAGAGCAAGGAUUUUUGCUUUGAUUUUGACCAGAAGAGAAUGGGUUCUCCUUCUGAGGAAGCAAAAAGUAAAGAAUGAUGUGAAAACAUGCUAAAUUAAAACAAGUCCACCCUGUUUGCCUGUGAAUUAUGUCUCUAUCUUCUGUUCAUUCUAUUAAAAAAAACAACAACAAUGCUAA